AUGUCGGGCAGGAGAUUGAGACGACCACGUGUGCGGGCCACCGCCGAGUUCUUGGAUCUGUGCGAGAAGAUGAAAGGAAUGCUUAUCGACAUUGAAAACGAGUGGCUGCGUCUGAAGGAGGUCGGGUUUGCCGAGAACAAGUACCUCGACAGACUCAUGUCUCUGCCGGGCCUGGGAGAGGCGAAGCGCAUGUUCCUCCACGCGCGCGCCAGCAUCAAGGCCGCCCAGCGCCGCGAGACGUCGCUCAGAAGGGACAAAUUUACUACGACAUGGGCCUUCUCUCCCGCGCUGGACGUCGUGGAGGUCUCCGCCUCGGCCUUGAUGGGCGAGUACGUUGGCCAAACGGGUCCGAAAGCCAGGCGACUCUUGGAAUCGGCCCUCGGUAAGGUUCUCUUCAUCGACGAGGCCUACCGUCUAGCCCUGCCCCACUCCUAUGGCGAUGAGACCGUGAGCGAGCUCGUGGACGCAAUGACCAGGCCCACAUUCGCGCGCAAGAUGAUUGUCGUCCAGGCAGGCGCCGAUGACAGCAUGGAUCGUCUCCUGCGCGUCAAUCCGGGUCUGAAAAAGUCGAUUUGCGACAGAGAUAUAAUCUACGCCCUAGCGCGCCGAGCAGUGCCUCGAGAGUCUGCGGUCCGUGGUGGCCAAGGUCGGCAUCACGCGGAGCCCACCGGUAGCAUGAACUCGGCGAUCCGUGACAUCCUCCUCACAGGCCUCGCGCAGGUGGGCACGGACGAGGCCUGGGCGUUGGGGCGCAGUGUCGAGAUUCUAGGGGAGCGCGUCAUUGCGCGCGUCUUCAAGGAGUGUGCCAUCAAGGGCUAUACGGGCGCCUUCGUUGGAGGUCACGGGACGAGACCUGAUCAGUAUUCGGGCGGAGAGUGGCAUGGGGUGUAG